AUGUCUUCCAACACUCUUUCACAGUACCCUUCCCAAAACCGCAGGAAAAGACGUGGGUCGAACUCGCUGGAGAACUCCAAUUAUCGACUGGCUGCCUCUAAUCAAACAUCAAUCACUAUCGAUCAUGCUUCGCUUCCACUAUGGCACGGUACCGUGACCAAUGGGGCUCACGUCGAAAGCAGCCAUGAAGAUACCUUGAGUCCUUCUGCUGCAAGCUAUGCGACAAACCUGCAUCUGCCGGAGACUUCGUUCUACGACUUUGGACCGCCUGCAGACUCUUACGCAGACCGCAUUCCAGUAGAUACCUCCGGCUUCGGCUGGAACACGAUGCCACCCGUACCUACGGUCCCAAGCCAACGUCUAGAAGAUAUCCGCGAACUAGCCCCUACCGCUAGAGAUCUGUAUCGAGGCGACCAGCAGGGGCAGACUUUGCCCUCUGCCUUGCCGUUACAUCUUGCAUCUCACUUCACUACUGCUGCGGAGGACAACUCGGGGAAUCAACGGUUCAGCUACUCCUCGCGUCAAUACCCUGCAGACACGGUCUCUACGGGACCAGUUUCGAUCUCUGCAGCAUUUACUGCAAGCGGAGCCGCUUCAUGA